AGAAGUUGUGUAUUUAGUAUGGUUUUCGAUAGGUUGAAAUUCUUAUGAAAUUCUUAUUCUGUUUCCUGUUCCCUAUUUGUUCGAUUAUGCACAGUUGAAAUUGACCUAUUUAUAAUCGAAAGAACGAUCAACAUUACUUAAAUAUAAAUUUUGCAGUGGCAAAUAAAAACCUUAAACUGUAUUUUUAUCACUGUUUUGUAGUAUAUACAUACGCAAACAGAAGUAUAACUGAGAAAGAAAAUCACAAAUUGUUAUAACAAAAAUAUGGCUACCAUGGGCGAGCCUCUCACUUUAGCAAGAGAUAUCAAAAGAUCUAUAGAAUUAUUAGAUAAACUACAGAAAGGAGGAGAGGUUCCUACAACAAAGUUAGCAGCAUUACAGAAGGUGUUACAAAGUGAUUUUCUAAGUGCAGUACGAGAGGUAUAUGAGCAUGUUUACGAGACUGUCGAUAUUCAGGGAUCACAGGAUGUACGUGCAUCUGCAACAGCAAAAGCAACUGUUGCUGCUUUUGCAGCUAGUGAAGGUCAUGCACAUCCACGUGUAGUCGAAUUACCUAAAACAGAAGAAGGACUUGGUUUUAAUGUGAUGGGAGGUAAAGAACAGAAUUCGCCGAUUUAUAUAUCUCGCAUUAUCCCUGGUGGUGUUGCUGAUAGACACGGUGGUUUAAAACGUGGAGAUCAGCUUUUAUCUGUUAAUGGAGUGUGUGUCGAAGGUGAAAAUCAUGAGAAGGCAGUGGAAUUACUAAAGCAAGCUCAAAAUUCUGUAAAAUUAGUAGUUCGUUAUACUCCACGUGUUCUCGAAGAAAUGGAAUUACGUUUUGAUAAACAGAGAGCUGCUCGUAGGCGUCAACAUAUGCAAUAAAUAUAAAUGCAAAAUAUUUAAUUCUCACUUAAAAAAUGCAAAUUUAUUGGCUAUAGUCUACCUAUACGUCUAUACAUUUAAACUAUUUAUGCUUUAUGUUAUUAGUUAUAAUUUGGCUAGUGUACAACUGAAUUAUAUCCGUAUAUUUAUCCAUCAAUAAA